CACAGAGCGGAAUAAAAGCAACAACAGCUUUCAGGGUCCAUGAGAAGACGGGGGGAAACAGACGGACUGAGGAACUCUGAUCUCUUCUAACUUGAAAGAUGUGGAGCUUCUUCCUGCUCGUUGGUCUUCUCUGCUCCAGCUGCCAAGCCUCUGUGACCUGCAAAAAUGGAGAUGGUGCUCAAGUGGACUGGUACAUUUUAUACAAGGCACCCAGAAUGUCCUAUGCUACCACCUCUGGCUCGGAGUAUAUUUACAUCGAUUCAAAUGGAAAGAAACAGUUCAACAACAUCAACAGCCCUGAAGGUGUUCUUGCAAGAACUCUUCAGCCUCUCUUCAGACCAAUAAGAAACAUGGAGGAAACCUUUGGAUUCAUCAUCUACAGUGAUCAACCUCCAGGAUGUAGUGCAGAUCCAAAGAAGUUUGGCCACAGUAAAGGAGUUGUGAUGGUGGACAGAACCAGUACCGGAGUCUGGAUCUUACACAGCACCCCACAGUUCCCUUUCAGAAGAGACCUGCACAACUUCUGGCCUCAGAGUGGAAAUAAAAAUGCUCAGACUUUUAUCUGUGUGACAUUUAACUAUGACCAGUUCCGUGAAAUAGGAAGACAUCUGCAGCACAUCCAUGCAUUUCCAUUCGAACAUUAUAUUCCAGACAUUUUUCAUCAGGAGCUUCAAAGUGCUGUGAAAUGGACAGAAGAAGCUCCAUCUAUCAGUAAUCGUGUUAAUGUUGCUUCGCUGACAUCAAGAGGGAACAAAGCCUUUAAAAUCUUUGCUAAACAAACCUCAGAUGAGGAAGAGGAUGGAGAUCUCUACAUCAGUAUUGCCAAGGACAUCAUGAGUGACGUGUACGUCCAGACAUGGGGCUGCCAGCGGGACCGUUCAGAUUCCUACUGUCCCUCCAGCAGCUACAAAGUCACCAACAUCAAAGACGUGACCUUAAAGGAUCUGUGGACAUGGAAGCCUGACAAGGACCAUUCCAAAUGGUGUGUAGCUGUGGAUAAUAACAGACACUGGACCUGCAUCGCUGACAUGAACCGGGCCGCAUCUCAGUACCUGCGGCAUGGGGGCGCGUUGUGCAUCCAGGAUCAGCAGGUCCAAGUCCAGUUUCGGGAUUUUGCUAGGCAUCCUAACAUCUGCCGGAAACGUCCUGCCAGUAUACUGCCACCUGAUAGUUAUUCAGACUGUUGAUUGCGACAAUUUUCACUUUCUACAGAUAGGUUAGAUCAACAUGACCAUAACCUCCUGAAAAGGUAUUCCACCCUCAGUUUACUGUCCCUGAUUUGGACCACUUCAAGACAAACAGAACAGAAUGUCAGUAGAAAUGAAUCUCGGUAAAAUAACUGCUUGUUUACUCUUAUCUGUUGGUGUGUUGAUGCGGAAAACAUCGAAUUUAAUAAAAAGCAGCUGCUCUCUGAUAUCA